AUGCUGAUGCAGCUCUGUAGUUUCAAGAACUUGUACCAGAAUCGGUUCCUGGGCCUGGCGGCCAUGGCCUCCCCAACUCGCGGCAGCCAGACCCGCCAGCGCUGUAAGGAUGCGGUUCGUCACAGCUAUGGCCCAGAGACCUAUGCUGUCAAUGGUCUGAACCAAGAGGCCUUCAUGCUGGGGCUGUCACGCUCCACCAGUGACAUUGAUCUAGUCUCCCCAGAUGCCCGCUCCACACUCACCAUUAGCUCCUCCCACUACACCAUAGGCCAGUCUGAAGACCUGGUGAUCACAUGGGACAUCAAGGAGGAAGUGGAUGCCGGAGACUGGAUCGGAAUGUAUCAUGUUGAUGAGGCUUUGUCUGAGAACUUUCUGGACUAUAAGAACCGAGGCAUCAACGGCUCUCACAAGGGACAGAUAGUUUGGAAAAUUGACUCCAGCUCCCACUUCAGUGACUCUGAGACCCAGGUAUGCUUCAGAUACUACCAUGGUGUUACCGGAGCACUGCGGGCUACCACACCAACUGUAACCAUCAAGAAGGUCUCUGCACCUGUGUUAAAGCCAGUGGUUAGUCCUGAAGUCAACCAUGGACUGGGCAACAGGAGACUCAUUAACUUUUCUCUGUCAGAUCUCCAGGCAGUUGGUUUGAAGAAGGGGAUGUUUUUCAAUCCUGACCCCUACCUGAAGCUCUCCAUCCAGCCUGGAAAGCACAGCAUCUUCCCCUCGCUGCCACACCAUGGCCAGGAGAAACGUUCUGGAGUGGUCUGCAACACAGUCAACCCACAGUGGAACACAGAGAGGUUUAACUUUGUGUCUCUGCCUACUGAUGUUCUGGAGAUUGAGGUGAAGGAUAAGUUUGCCAAGAGUCGGCCAAUCAUCAAGCGCUUCCUGGGGAAGCUCUCUGUCCCUGUCCAGAGGCUCCUGGAAAAACAUGCCAUUGGGGAUCGGGUGGUGAGUUAUUCUCUGGGCCGCAGGUUGCCAACAGAUCAUGUCUGUGGCCAGCUGCAAUUUCGCUUUGAGCUGACCUCCUCUAUUCACCCAGAUGAUGAGGAGGUAUCCCUGGUCAUAGAGCCAGCCUGUCCUGAGGGGGGAAAUGCAGCAGAUAUCAACCAUGCUGCUGAUGCACCUGAUGAUGACACACUAAGUGUGGGACCUGACAUGCCUGACCUUCCCCUGGAUGCCCCUCCGUACCCUGAGAACUCUGCGCCUCCAGCCUCCACAGCUGAAUUUUCCACACCUGAGGAGGUCCAACCUGCUGCUGAGAGGGAGGAGCCCGGAGUGUCAGCAGGGGUGGGGCAUGGAACAAUGGAGGAGGAGAGCACAGUGAGGGAGGAACCCCCAUCUGCUGAACCUCAGAUGGAGCAGCAGGAGGGGGCCUCAGCUCAACAGCAGGAGGAGAGCAAUGAAGUGGGGGAAAAAGAGGGAGUAAAGGAGGAAAGGCAGCAGGAGGAAGGAGAGGAGGAGCAAAGAGAAGAGUCUGCGCCCCUGGUUGAGGAGGUAGUAGCAGCAGCAGCAGCAGCAGAAGAAAAGGAGGUUGGGGAGGAAACACAGCCAAAGCCAGAUUCUGACAAUCCUGUAGCAUUAACUACAAAUGAUGGGGCCACUACUGCGGGGGCUCCCACAGAAGGAAAAAGCACAUUGCAGGAGGCUCCUGUAGAACCAGCUGAAGGUGCCCCACAGGAGGUGACAGAGGGAGAAGAGAGAAGCUGUGCCCCCUGCACUUGCCAGUCCCUCUUCUCGAACUACAACUCCAUUGCUCCAUUACGCCGUAAAAACCGCCCCUGCUCCCUUCCAGUGUCGGAGCUGGAGACGGUGAUUGCUUCAGCCUGCGGCGAGCCAGAGACCCCGCGAUCCCACUACAUCCGGAUUCAUCACCUCCUUCACAGCCUCCCUUCGGCCCAACACAGACCUCCCAGCCAGGAGGAGGAAGAGGCCGGGGAGGGAGAGAAUACAAGUACCACUGAAGAAACAACCUCCACAUCACCAACACUCAAAACCCCCAAAGUCAGAGAGGAGGACGAGGGGCAGGAGGAUGAAGAAGAGGAUACAACCCAGUCUCCUUCCCAGGUCCCGGAGUGUCCAGGUCCCUGCUGCCGUCGGUCUCUACCCCGCAGCCUCUCCAUUGAACGGCUGUCUGAGCUUAACCAGCUCCUGGAAGGUGAAGGAGGAGGACAUGCAGCUGUCAGGAGGAUCUCUCCCUCCUGCUUGGAAAGCGAAGAGGGGGACUCCAGUAACGGAGGAGGAAGAAGAGUUGGUGGGAGCACACACAGACCUCCAGGUGAAAACGAGUGUGAGUUUUGUGACACGUCCUGCUACAGCACCUCCUGUUACAGCACCUCCUGUUAUAGCACGUCAGGCUACAGUAACUCAGGUUAUGAGGGGAGGAGCCGCUUCUGCAGCCAUACCCGCCUCUCCUCAGUGGACAGCAACAGACUCUCCAGCAGCACCGUGUUCUCCUCCCAAGAUGAAGAUGAAGAUGAGAGCGCCUUUGAGUUGGUUCCUCAUACCGGCGACACGCCAGAGGGCCAGGAGGUGGGCGGGACAGGAGGAGAGAGGAGGACAGGGAGGUGGAAGGAGGCCAGGAGAGGAGAGCAGGGGGAACCAGCUGUGGCUGGGCCGAGCAAUAGGAACAACAUCGGCUCAGGCUUCUCCCCUCCUGUUGGCCAUCUUCCAGUCCUGCGACCCAGCCAUGACCUAAAUCAUUUUCCUGCUGCCACUGACCAAGCCUUACCUCCAAACUGGGAAGCUCGUAUCGACAGCCACGGCAGAGUUUUCUAUGUGGAUCAUGUCAACCGGACAACAACCUGGCAGAGACCGAGCCACAGCGGCAAGUGUAACAACGGCAUUCCCCGCUCAGGAUCCAAUCAGCAGAUGGAACAACUCAACAGGAGAUACCAGAACAUCCAGAGGACCAUGGCCACAGAGGAGGAAGGAGGCAGUCAGAGGUUAGAGCGGAGCAGCAGUACAGAGACGGAGUCGGAUUCUGCUCAGACAGGCCCCGCCUCCCCUGUCAAUCACCAGAAGAUCAGCCAUCUCCUCCAAUCGCCUGCUGUCAAGUUCAUCACACACCCAGAAUUCUUCACUGUGUUGCACAGUAACUAUGCAGCCUACCGGAUGUUCACCAGCAGCAGCUGUGUGAAACACAUGAUCCUGAAGGUGCGUCGCGAUGCCAGGAACUUUGAGCGCUACCAACAUAACCGGGACCUAGUGGUUUUCCUCAACAAGUUCGCAGACACACAGCUGGAGCUGCCAAGGGGCUGGGAGAUCAAAACUGACCCCCAGGGCAAGUCUUUCUUUGUGGACCACAACAGUCGAGCAACAACCUUCAUCGACCCUCGGAUCCCACUGCAGAAUGGCCCGCUACCUGGCCACCUCGCCCACAGACAACACCUACAGAGACUACGCAGCUACAGCGCUGGGGAGGCCUCUGAUGUGUCCAGGAGUCGUGGGGCCUCACUGAUGGCCAGGCCAGGAAACAGUCUGGUAGCCGCCAUACGAAGCCAGCAUCACGCUGACUCACAACAACUGACCGCUCCAUCUUACAAUGACAAGAUAGUAGCAUUCCUUCGGCAGUCGAACAUAUUUGAUAUGUUGCAGGAGCGACAGCCCAGCCUGAGCAGAAACCAUGCACUGAGGGAGAAGAUCCACUACAUCCGAACAGAAGGUACCCAGGGGGUGGAAAAGCUGUCAUGUGAUGCAGACCUGGUCAUCUUGUUAAGUUUAUUUGAAGAGGAAAUCAUGUCUUAUAUUCCACCUCACCCCAUCCACCCCGGCUUCAACUUCUCUCCUCGCUGUUCACCCGCCUCCUCACCACAGAACUCUCCUGGCUUGCAGAGGUCCAGGGCUCCAGCUCCUUACCGCAGAGACUUUGAAGCCAAACUAAGAAACUUCUACAGGAAAUUAGAAGCCAAGGGCUAUGGCCAAGGACCAGGGAAGAUCAAGUUGCUGAUCAGGAGAGAACAUCUGCUGGAAGGAACCUUUAACCAGGUGAUGGCGUACUCCCGCAAAGAGCUGCAGAGGAACAAACUCUACGUCACCUUCCUGGGGGAGGAGGGGUUGGAUUACAGUGGUCCAUCCAGAGAGUUCUUUUUCCUCUUGUCUCAGGAAUUGUUUAAUCCGUACUACGGUCUGUUUGAAUACUCAGCCAACGACACUUACACCGUUCAAAUCAGCCCCAUGUCAGCAUUUGUUGAGAACCAUCUGGAAUGGUUCCGUUUCAGUGGUCGUAUCCUGGGCCUGGCUUUGAUCCACCAGUACCUGCUGGAUGCUUUCUUCACCAGACCAUUCUACAAGGCCUUGCUCAGACUGCCAACAGACCUGUCUGAUCUGGAGUAUCUGGACGAGGAGUUCCACCAGUCUCUGCAGUGGAUGAAAGACAACGACAUCACAGACAUCCUGGACCUCACCUUCACCGUCAAUGAGGAAGUCUUUGGCCAGGUGACGGAGCGGGAGUUGAAGUCAGGUGGUUCCCACCUGCAGGUGACUGAGAAGAACAAGAAGGAUUAUAUAGAGCGAAUGGCCAAAUGGAGGGUGGAGAGAGGAGUGGUGCAGCAGACUGAGGCACUGGUCAGAGGCUUUUACGAGGUGGUAGACUCCAGGCUGGUGUCCGUGUUCGAUGCACGGGAGCUGGAGCUGGUUAUCGCCGGGACAGUUGAGAUCGACCUGAGUGAUUGGAGGAGCAACACAGAGUACAGAGGAGGUUACCACGACGGUCACAUAGUGAUGCGGUGGUUCUGGGCCGCCGUGGAGCGGUUCAACAAUGAGCAGCGCCUACGCCUGCUGCAGUUUGUCACAGGGACAUCCAGCGUGCCCUACGAAGGCUUCGCCGCCCUGCGGGGUUCCAAUGGCCUCCGACGCUUCUGCAUCGAGAAGUGGGGUAAAGUCACAUCACUACCCAGGGCUCAUACCUGUUUUAACCGCCUUGACCUGCCUCCAUACCCUUCAUACACCAUGCUGUAUGAGAAACUGCUGAUCGCGGUGGAGGAAACGAGCACGUUUGGCCUGGAGUGAGAGAGACAAAACCGACAAAUCAACACUGCAUCCCUCUCAGUGUAACACUGGCUGGACCAAAAUGCAAAAAAAGCUGCUCUUCUGGGCUUAUGUCAAAGAAAUACCAGGAUUGUACUCAACAAAGUUUUUGGUCAUUUGGAUAUAUGUACAUCACUUUUAUGGUACUAUGUCGUGAAGUCUUUCAGUUGGCUAUGCAGAACUCUGACAGCCCCCAGCACUUAGUAGACCACAGCAGGACUGCAAUUACUUUUAUAUUUAUGAUUAAAACUGAAAAAUAUGAAACACUACACUGGCUUUAUAAAAAAGAAAAUUAUAUAUAUGGUAUACGCAUACCCAAAGAAAGGGCAAGUAAAAUGAAAUCAAGAUCACCUGCAUCUACCAAAAUGCAACAUCAUUCCAUUGAUUAAAAACACUUGCAGUAAUAAAAAUGCUAACAAAAACUAACAGCAACAAAUAAAGUGAAAUAUACAGACAGUAAGAAAAAACGAAAUGGCACUGAAAACAAGACUUUUACAUGAAAAGUAAGACAUUAGUAUGACAGCUAAAUACUUGAGAAUUCGUUGGAAUUUAUCUUUAGACUUAUCCUCACACCUGGGUGUAAAAUUUGAAUUGACAGAAAAGAUUUAAUAAAGUAAUAAAUUAUAAAACCUACAGCGUGCUUAUAUACGGUAAAAACAGAGAAAUGGAUAAAGUAAAAUGAAACAGGAUCAGAGACAAAAAUAAAAUAAGAGACAAGAAGCAUUAAUAAAAGCAUGUUUGACAUACCAAAUGAGAUUUGGAAAAGUUACAAAGUUAGUUACAAUUAUACUUGAAAAAUAUUGUCUUCUUAAUAGAAAAUAAUUUAUGAAUUUGUAAAUCUUUUCUGUGAAUUCAAACUUGAAUGCUAAUGAUGUGUGCAAAGUCCUGCAUACAGAUUCUCAAGUGGUUUGCUGCUCUUAUACAUUCAGAAAAUAAUAGAUUAUUUAUUCUUACACAGAUAAUCUAUAAAUGUGGCUUUCAAGAAGUGGUUCAAAAUAUGAUGCAAAAGUCUAGUAGCCCUGAGGCAAAAGGAACGAUCAUGUCUCUUUUUUAAACUGGACCGAGAACAAGGAUCAUUAUGUAUUCUAUCUGGAAUUUGGUGAUCCUGCCUGAGGAUCUCAAAGUGGGAUCUAAAGCAGUGAGGAAUUAAAGAAAUGCAAUGUACUUUGGUGUUAGACACCAGACAUUUCAAUGACUUAGGGGUGAUCAGUAGAACCUUACAAUCACAUCUAAAAUUAGAACCAGUGUAAAGAUACUUAAGUUAUAUAGAUCUUGUCUGUUUGCACCAGUGAGAGCCAUAGUCGCAGCACAUUAGCGAUGGGAGAGGGCAUUUGGGAAAUAAAAGUUUUGAGAGCUGAAGAAGUCUAAGAAAGAGGAGACAGAAGCAUGGAUUACUUUUUCCAGACCACUUAACAUCUGGAUUUAAGGUGAAGAAACUGUGGGAAAAGAUUAAGGAAUCCUGCACUUUCCAAGGUGCUUAAGGAGAGCCGAUAGAUACAGAUCAGACAAAUGUGAAGGCAAAAUACAGAUAGAUACAGUAUGUCUGAAGAUAAUUCAAUGAGUCAAGGAUGAAGCUUGUAAAUUGAUAAGAAAAUAGAACCGAAAACUGGUGAGGAUUUUGAUAAGAUGACUAGUGAGAUCUACUAGUGAGACCUAGACAAGUGAAGGGAUAGGUCAGUGUCUUUAAUAGUUAAGCCAUCCAUAAAUAUUCUCAUUAUGCUCUCAGUUAACUAAAGCAAUUCAAUGUCAAUUACGUGAAAGCCAGUGCUGUUCUUCAGCGAGUUCCCCAGUAAUGACAGAGACAAUAGAGAAGUGCUGAAAGUCUUAAAGGAAUUUGCGAAUGUGCUUAGAAAUAGGAGUGGUCUCGCACACUGAAAACUUCAUAGGAAUAUUUCACAAACAAUUGACAUUUAGUCUAAUUCAGAUACAGUACACUGUCAGCAAAUCCAGGUAAAGAGUGUAGUACACUCCCUUAAAUACGUGGGUCUAAUGGGUAGUUACAGACUUUGUAACUACUGCAAUACUUUAUCCAGUUGUGAUACUCAAGAAGUAUUGAUAUGGUCCAGGUAAGCCUAAAUCGGUAUGUUCUUCGCUGAAUGGACAGCAAUGUUAAUGACAAACAAAUCCAACAGUCUCUCCAAGUUCUGCAAAGCUUUAAAAAGCAGAGACAAUGAUGUCAUGUCUCCUCUAACAAAGUAGCCAUCAAUUCCAACACAAGGGCUUCUUGUAUUGUGAUCACAUUGACCAAGAAAACAGGUAGUGCAUGAUUCCUUGACACUAAAGAAGGCAUGUGGACACUCCAACUGGCUAAAGGGCACUUUCAAUGAAUCCUCUUGGCCAGAGUGGUGCUUCACCUGUCAGCAUCCCUGGUCAUGCUGUUUGAAUGGGAGCUUCUUGUACUCUUAUUCAAGUCUUCCGCUAAAGAACUAAUUCUCUCUGUCUGUGUACCAUCACCAUGGAGUCCUGUAUUUGAACCUCUGUCUCAAACAACGUGACUGGGACAAAGCAGCCAAUGGGUCUUCAAGGGCUUCAUUGGAUCUUUCUCUUGAGCAAACCCAGCCCUGCUGGUAUAAAGUUAUGAUGUGGACAGGGGCCCUUGGAUGAACCAGUGUAAUAUAUGCAAUGGUCAAGACCUUAACUUAAAUCUGCUCACAGUCUGCCAUGUUCUUUAAGACAGUGACUGCAGUGUUCCCUCAGCAUUCCCAGCCCUUUGUCUACAUCUCUAGUCCAGUAAUGAAACUGUGCCUCAGUUACUUACUGCCUUGUAUGUGGCCUGUGGUUUUGUGAGGCUUGGUGAUUUGUCCUUGAGCCUCAUACAAGAAAACUCCUGAGUUCAGAUCUCUGCAUUGGUUUUUUUUAAAAAUAGUUUGCAUGUUCUCCUCGUGUUGGUCUGGGUUUCUUUUUACACUCCAAAUGCAAGUCAGGUUUAUUGGAAACUCUGAUACCCCAUUUACAUUAUGCCACUUCAUCCGUCUUCAUUGGCAGAUAUCGCUCUUAUAUCAAAAAAGCCAAGUAUAAAUGCUCAAAGCCACAUACAUUAUCUGUACUCCUCCCAAGUGUAAUUACGCAGUUUGUCAUUGCAACCAUAGAAUGAUCUGUAAGACUAAAGUGAAACUCCACUGAUUUUUACACUUCUGUGUUUCCAGGUGUUGCGGUGCACUACUGCAUAUAGGAAAAAAGUUGUAUAAAGCCUUUUGUAUCUCCAGAGGGAGCUGUGUAACGUCUGAUAAAUGUCUUCAAGUUAAGUCAGUGUCAGUUGGGUCUGAAAACUACCUGUUUGAAAAUGAAAAAAAAAUCUAGGGGGUGUGAAGUUAGAAAGAAGUGAGCUUACCAGACCUCUGUUGCCUGCUCCCCAUCUCUGCUUGAGGAUAGAGACACAAGGCUACAUUAGCCUCUAUUAGCAUAAGGAAAAAAGGAAGGACAAGGAUGAAGAAUGUGGGGAAUAAAUAAGACAAUAUUUCUAGUUCUGGUCUUUUGUAGUCAAUUCAUGCAAGUCGUCUGUGUGUUUGUGCUAGUUGGUGUAAAGUUUUUAAACUAGCUAGAUAAACUAUUAUAAGUUAUUCCUCCCCUGUAGGCGGUUGCACCAGCUGUUCGUAAGCUCAAACUUAACCUAACUGUAACAUAAGUGUUCACAAAGUGGAGUAAAUUAAAACGGAUUCCACCACAAAUAUUAGUUCAUCCUUAGAGAUUAGUUGUUACCAAAUGUAUACACCCACUAACUGCCAGGCGUAACUGUUGUGUAGUGAGCCGAACCAAAUGACCAAAUGACUAGCUAAUAUCUGAGCCAUUUAAAUUGAAAAGUAAAAGAGGUAAUAGAGUAUGGUCGACAUAACCAACCUGACACUUAAAUGCUGUUUUAUAAUGUUGUUCUUGAAGAUUUUAAAUUACAUUUCACAAAAAUAACACAAUGUACCUCUAAUUACUAAACCUUUUAUCAAUAAUAUUUGACUAAAUUAGUAAAUGACAUCAAUUAGGUUAGCUCACUUGGAUGUGUCCCACUCACUAUAAAUUGUAUGAAAUCUUUGUAUCCUGAACCAUAUAUCUCUCAAUUUAUGCAGAAAGAUAUGUUUUGCAUCUCUAAAAUUAAAUUAAAUUUUUGUAAGUUAUGCUAUCUUGUAUUGCUACAGCUACUUCCUGUUUACAUAGUUGAUGGCUCUUGACUGCACAGCGCUACAGUUGUUUCCUAGCAACAAGUUUACACAUUAAAGUAUGUACUAGCUAAGACUGAAGUUGAUGUAGUGGUGCAACCUAAUUUAGUAAAUCACUAGUAAGAAACUGGCUAGUAGCUACUAAGAACUUAGGAGGGACUUUACAAUCUAACUUAGUAAUGGUUUAUGAAGAGCUGGUGCAGUCUAAUCCCAGCUGUCACCUAACAUCUUCAAGUGGAUUACCAUCCCCCUUCUGGAUCUGACUGGGGCCUACUCCCCUUUGCAUCUAGUACAGGAAAAGCAAAACAGUUGCAUAUCCUGAAUGUAUAUGAGUAAAAAUGAAAAUGUAUUAAAUGACAGCUGGAGUUGAUCCAGAAAUACAGCCCAAUGGCCCCUGGGACUUGAUGAUUCAGUACCUCACAGUUUAAGUCCAAUGCCGAUGUUGAGUGCCACUGUAGGAAGUAGUGCGCUCUGUAAGUAGCGAGCCAAAAAGGAAAGGGUAUGGAGGUUGGAGUGGAACUUUAAUGCAGGAGACCCCAAUCAUCCUAAAACUUAACCUAGUUCUGUAGGUGCCUAACUCUAACCGCACCUUAACCGUAGUUCAUUGCCAUGACAACAGUCUUUCCCUAACCUUAACCACACUAUAUAUGCCAUGCGCAGAUAUUGUAUAAAGCUCAGAUUUUUUAAUUGUUGACAAUAGGUGUAGAAAAUGUCAGUGAAAGUUAUCUGGGGUUUCACAGAAUCCUCCAAUAGAUCUACAUUGCUGUCUGGCAAGGGUACUUAGGGCCUAAAUUAAACAACGGUAAAAGCAUUUGUUUGCCCUGAAAGAGAUUAGCAACCUGUAUGGCUUGCCUCCCUGUCGUCCACCCAAGGCAUGCUAGGAUAGGCUCCAGCCCCCCACCCCCUGACCCUUAAUAGGACUAGGCGGGUGUCAGGAACAGAUAGAUAAUGCCUCUGAAGGUUUUCACACACAGUGAUGUUUGUCAACUGAGAGAAUGUGGCCACAACUGAACUUUAAUUAACCAUUAGCAGCCUGUCGGAUCUCAUGCUUCUUUGUUCCCCACAUGAUGUGAUACUAUUUUCUUAGACAGCAGUUGAAUACACAGGUUCAAAUUUUUUUUUAUCAUUCUCACUUGAAGGACUACUGAGAUAAACAUGUCAAAUGAUGUGUGAAAUCACCUAAAUUGUGCUUUAUUUGCUCAUUGGCCACAGGAAUUAUCAAUAUGGGAUAAUGGAGCACUACAAAAGCAACAGGGAACACAGGAUUUUCCUGUUUAAUUGUUGGUGGAGUAUAGACCACAAUAUAUUUGAAUAUUAGGCAAAGGAAAUUUAGGAAUGAAUUUGAUCAGAAUCAGAUAUAACUGUUUUGUGGUAAGCUCACUUUAUUGGGCAGUCAGAUCGUUACUACUGCAGUCAUACUUGGCAGUGGCGAGGCCUUAUCUAAGCAUCCCUACAACCGAGAGGACAAGGCUGUGAUUAUGUUGCAUUCCAUGUCUCUUUUUUUCUACAAUCUUUUGUACUGUUAUUUAUACUGAAUUAUAAUUAUAAGUAAAGGGAAGUCCUAAAGCUUUCCUUGAAUGUUCUAUUUGUUUGCGGUUUUUUUGAUGAUUUGAAAAGAAACAUUAAGCAAAGAGUUUGCCUUCACAUGUAUCUUUUCUAUUAUCUAUUAAGCUAGCUGGUCUGUCGCUCAGUGCAGGAAAUGUGCUACCAUGGUGUUUGUUUUUUUCUCCAUUCAGCUCACAGUUUCUCUCAAACUAUUCACCACUGUCUCUGGUGGCAUAGUCAGUUUAAUUUUUUAGGUUCUGUCAAUGUUUUCAGGAGUUUUUCUUCCAUGUCAUAGGUGUCUUACUGUGUCAUAAAUUUCCGAGCCACAUGUAUUCAGCAAGUAAACUGUGCUUUGAGCAGUUUUUGACAACAAAUUACAUGCAUAAAAAUAAGAGAUUUUUGUAUGUAAUUUGUUGAAAAUGCAAAGACAGUGUACAGAAGUCUUGCUUUUCUUGGGUUGAUAUGGUGAAUACAUACAGUACAUUGUAGAUCUUAAACACCGAUAUUUACAUAUUCUAGAAAAAAAACUUUUGGAGAAGUAAAAAAUCACGGGAUGUCUACAGAAAGGUAAGGUGGUGGCAAAUCGUAGCAGCAGUUUGGUAUUUGUGUCUUUUCAAGCUAUUUGUUCAUUUUCAUUUUAAAAAAGGGAAUUUAACAAAGGGAAUAUGUGAGUGGAUGGAUGGUGGCAACUUUGCUGAGAGGUGACACUGGAGCAUGCAUUUUUUUUUGUUUGUGUAUUAUACACAUAUGUACAUAAAGUUGAAAGGUACAGCUCUGUUUUGUCUGAGAACGAGUUGCUAAAUACUCAGGCUGUGCUAACACUCGACCAUACCAUACAACUGUAUGAAUCUCAAUAAAAGGGUCACUUUGUUACUUUGCUGACAUUGUGUGGAUAUAUUGUACAGACUAAAACUAAAACGGACAUGAGGAUUAAAAAUUGACAAUCAAAUCAGAUCUCAAGGUUCCUUCUUGACAUUGGAAAUAGCUGUUUAACAAAAAGUUCUCAUCACAAGGUUAUUGAGCUGUGAUCCACUGUAGAUGAGCUUCCACUCUUACU